AUGGGCAGGCGCGCCGGAAGUUGAGGGGUGUUUCCUGCGAGCUCGGCUUCCUCAACAUGGCAGCGCCCUUGUCAGUGGAGGUGGAAUUCGGAGGCGGUGCGGAGCUCCUGUUUGAUGGUGUAAAGAAACAUCAAGUCACCUUACCUGAACAGGAGGAGCCCUGGGACAUCCGGAACCUCCUUGUUUGGAUCAAGAAGAAUUUGCUAAAAGAGCGGCCAGAGUUGUUCAUCCAGGGAGACAGUGUGCGGCCAGGAAUUCUGGUGCUGAUUAACGAUGCCGACUGGGAGCUGCUGGGUGAGCUGGACUACCAGCUGCAGGACAAGGACAGCGUCCUCUUCAUCUCCACACUGCACGGCGGCUGAGGGUCCCUCUCUGGGCCCGCGCACCCUUAGUGGGGAGAUCAGAACAAUCAGAUGUCCCCUUGGGCCCUGCUUUAAGAUCUCCCCGGCCCCCUUGGCUGCUUUCUUCCCUGCUCUGUCCCCCAAACUCCCUCCAGGCAGGGAAAAGAGGCCAGGUGCUAAAAAUGAGCCUUUCUCAGGCACGUGAACAGGGGUGGGCAGGCAGGCGCCAGAGCCCAGCACUCCCUCUCCCAGCAGCUGAGGUGGGGGAGGGUGCCUCUGGUUUGUCAGAGUGGAAGGGGGCUCUGCAGCCAGGUGACCCAGCUGCCUUCCACUCCUUAUGUCUCAAUCUCAACAUGGAAUGACCCUGACAGCACUCCAGCUCCUGGGCCACAGUGUCUUCCUGGGGAAGAUGAAUGGACCUGAAUAGCUGAUGGAGGCCCCUCCCUCUCAAAGAUUGGAGGAGUCUGCACCUCAGUUUCCCCAUCUGAACAGCUGAGGACUCUGCCUGUCCCCCACUGAUAUCAUUAUGGAAUCCCAGCUGGGGUCCCCUAUUCAGUGCUGAACACCCCCCCCAGCAGCUGCUCUUCCAGCCACACCCCUCCUCCUGCUCCCCUUACCCUCAGCCCUUGACCCUGGCUGGCCUCCUCCCUGCCACAGGCCACCAGAUGGGCUCCUGAGACCCUCCCUGCAGCUCAUUCUGCUGGGGGUGGGAAGGGAGAGGGAGUAGGCUAAACCUUGGACUGGCACAUAGAGGCCUGGGGGGAUCAGUGUGCCUCAGUUUCCUCCUCUACAACAACUGAAUAUCUGUAGUAUCUGAAAACUGGGGAGAUACUUAAUGGCAGGAAUGUAGACUUUCUCUCUCUUCCUACACCCUCCAGGAAGCAGGAUGGGGGCAGGCAGCACCUGGUAGACAGAGUGGUUUGCCCCUUCCCCCUCCAUCCCUUCUGGAAGUCUUGGGGCCUCAGUGCCUGCAACAGCUGGCCUUGGGCAAAUAAAAGACUAGGAUGUUUACUA